CCAAGAUCUCUCCGAAUCAGUAAAACCUAGUCAGAAGAGCUCACGUUCAACACGAUGUCUGUAUCUCAGGUCAACAAAAUCCUCGGGUUACCCCGCCCUGGCGAUGCUGCCGUAAGCAACGAGUCGUCCCCUGUCGCUGCACCGCCAGAGUCAGACUUCACCAAAGCGUUCGGUCCCCUUCUCCCAGCAGCGCAGUAUAUUACCACGCCAAAGGGCAAGUUCGCAUACUUUGAUCUCCCGCCGUCAAGUUCUACCACUUCACCUACCACCCAACCCUCUACCGUCCAACGAGUCCUCCUCGUCCACGGCAUCCAGACUCCCGCCCUCGGGCUGUAUCCUCUCGCCUCCCAUCUCCGCAAAGCAUUCCCAUCAACACACUUCGUUACUUUCGACCUCUGGGGCCACGGCCUCAGCGAUACCCCUCGUGUUCCGCACGCCCCGCAGCUUUUCCUGGAGCAGGUCGACACGUUACUCGACCACCUCUUCUGGCCUAGUGCUCAUCUAGUCGGCUACUCGCUCGGCAGCACCAUUGUCGCCGGGUAUACCGCCACCAAGACCGCGCGGGCGGACUCAGUCGUCUACGUCGCUCCCGCGGGCUUGUUCAGCAUACACGACUUCUCGGCCGCCGAGCAGGCCUUGCUGCGCGGUGAACCGAUGGAGCAGGGUGGAGCAGUCGACGAGGUAGCCUCGCGGGACUUCAUCAUCGACUUUCUCGAGGGUGGGGAGCUGGUUGUCCCUGCUGAUGCGGAGGCGCGGAUCGCGAAGGGGGAGGUGGUCGCUGAGGCUGUCAAGGACUGGGAGAUGAAGGUCCAUGCUGGUCACGCGGCUAGCGUGGCGGCGAUCGUGAGAGAUGGAAAUAUCAUGGAUCGAGAGGAGGUCUUUGAAAAGGCCAGUGCAACUGGGAAGCCUCGAUUCGCGGUACUAGGAGAGCAUGACGGCUUGUCCAACCUGGGCAAGGUACAAGCUGUGGGCAUUGAGGAGGUCGUUGUUGUGGAAGGGGCCGGGCAUGCGGUGGUGAGAGCACAGGCGAAGGAAGUUUGUCAGGCCAUCGAGGGGUUUUGGAGGGGGCUUGACUAGACUUGGACUUUACGGAAGUGAUCUUCAGGUGUCAAAAGCACAAGCUCAUAUAUAGUGUACGCCACCACACCGAAAACAGAGACCACCGCCAUGAUCAGCAUUUUGAACCAGAUCUUUAGGUUCCCUGACCGAAACCAAGGAUAAAACUCUUCAUCGGCGUCAAGAGCUAAAACCAUCAGAUGCCACCAUAGAUAUGAUGCCUUUCUCUAGGCAGACAGACGCAGUCUACCUUUCCGGAAUGAUCCCACGUUUCCAGCAUCCUCGUUGC